CUCUUCUAGGCUCUGCCAGGUUCCCAACCCCAAUCCCACCCACGUCGCACGCGAAAAGCGCGAAUCCCCGCGACCCCGAUCCCCAUCCGCGAUCGGAAAUCGGCGCGGGCCGGUGGGGGUGCGCCGCGCUGCCAUGGCGGAGUUCCAGGAGAUGGCGGCGGAGGUGCCGCCGUCGCUGAAGGCAAUUACGCUCACCCACGUCCGGUACCGCCGCGGGGACAAGCUCGGCCUCUUCCUCGCCUGGGUCUCCCUCGUGCCGGUCUUCAUCAGCCUGGGUGGGUUCGUCUCCCACUUCCUCUUCCGCCGGGAGCUCCAGGGCAUCUGCUUCGCCGCGGGCCUCCUCGUCUCCCAGUUCCUCAACGAGCUCAUCAAGCACUCCGUCGCGCAGUCGCGCCCGUCCUACUGCGAGCUGCUCGAGGCCUGCGACUCCCACGGCUGGCCCUCCAGCCACUCGCAGUACACGUUCUUCUUCGCCACCUACCUCUCGCUCCUCACGCUCCGCCGAUCCCCGGCGCGCCGGGUGGUCGCUGCGUUGGCCUGGCCGCUCGCGUUUCUCACCAUGCUGUCCAGGGUGUAUCUCGGGUACCACACCGUCGCGCAGGUAUUUGCGGGAGCAAUAGUGGGCCUUGUGUUUGGUGCUAUCUGGUAUUGGAUCGUCAACACCAUGCUUGUGGAAUAUUUUCCAAUGAUCGAGGAGAGUGCAAUAGCGAGGUGGUUGUAUAUAAAGGAUACUUCACACAUUCCAGACGUACUCAAGUUUGAGUAUGAUAACGCGAGGGCAGCUAGGAGGAAAGUUGCUACUGAUUGAGCAAUUUCGAUUUGGAUUACACUUCAGGGGAUAAGAUCUCGUCUGGCAAGAUAGCUGUAUCACUUAUAGCUGCUGCAUCUUCGUUACAAGGAUGCCCAUUGGAGUUUUGGCCCUUGUUCUUUUUGGCCAUAAGCCAUUUCUUUUUCAAUUCUGACACUUGUUUUUCUCUUUUGAAAGUCUGGUGACAAACUGAUACUUACGUGUAGAAAUCGACUAGAGUGAACAAAACUGAAUCCAUCUGUCAUUCAGUUUCCCGUGUAUAUCGUACCAUUUGUUGUUGAGAUGAGAAUAUCA